GAUAUGUAUGUGUUAAGGAAAAGAUAAAUGUUGGGCAUGCAAGCCAGCUUCAAUAGACUCUAUAUAUAAUGAUGCAUUUCUCAUCAUCUUCUUCAUCAUCAUCAUCGUCGUCAUCGGUUCAAGAGAGCAAGGCUGAAGAGAAGAUGGAAAUGGAAAGUCUGCAGAAACAUUUAGAAGCACAUUCACUGGUGGAAAAUAUGCAGAAAUUGAUCACUGGACCUUCAGAAUCAGGGAAAGAAGUGUGUCCUAUUUGUCUUCAAGAGUUCAUGGUUGGAUGUGAAGUGAGAAGCACAAGAUGCUCUCAUAAGUACCAUGAGAAUUGCUUGAUUGAGUGGUUGAAGAGAAGCCAUUACUCAUGUCCAUUGUGCAGGAAAUCAAUCCCAUUUACAUUGGAAGAAUUCCUCAGAAUUGUUCAAUCAUCUGAUGGUGAUGCUUGAAUUUCUGCUGUUGUAAAACUUGUGUCUUAUCUGUUUAUUUUUCUCUAUUUUUCCACCCUGAAGAGAGAAGAAAUAAUCAGAAUAAGCAGUUUUUUUGUUGGUAAAGUUAAUUUUAGUUAUCAUUUAAUAAUAAAAUAGUUUGUAUUUAUUGCAUGCA